AUCGCAUUCAACGUAAUUUUCGCUGGAACGCUGGAAGUCCCGACUUCCGGCCUGGCAGGCAAACGUUUGACGGGAUUGCUCGUUUCGAAUACCAAAGCUCAUCUCGCAUAUCGUUACCGACUGCCAUAGCUCGACGAAAUUCCCUCAACCUCCCCCCGGCGAACUUCACACAAUCACUUUCGCUGUCAGCUGACGCAUCCGGCAACGAACCGACUGCGAGUGAUCGCACAUCGCUAGGAUGGCGGACACGAACGAUGGGGAUAUCAAGGCCGAGAUCGGCGUAGUGUGUUACUUGGCGAGAAAGGCCACCAAGGCUCAGAAGGAGCUGGAGAGCGAGGAGGAGUUCAAGUUCACGAAACUGGAGUACGCCGCCAUCUACGCGGACGGUAGCGAGACCCCUCAAGUCUGGGCGGGACCGGUUCCAGCUCUGUACCUCUGGGAAAGCCGACUGACGAGUGGGAUUCUACGAGGGGAUCAAUCAUUGAAUCACUGGGAACGUGAAGGCGAAGGAAACGUGGUCUUGAGUGAUGACCGCAUCACGCGAUUAUCGAUUUUGGGGCAUCAGAUUCAUCUGCUUAGGAAGGCUAAGCCUGUGGCUGUAUCGGUUCCCAUCGCUUCCGGUAGUGGAAGCCGGGCCCAUAUCCAACCCAUCAUCAAACCGGAGCCUGUAGAUGCGGCGGUCCCGAUCGCACCGAGCAGCGAGCCUGCUUCCACGUCGAGGAGGUCUUCAAUCGAGCCGAGGACCAUGCACAAGCCUUUCCAGAUCUCGGGUUACUGGAAGGUUCACAGAAAGAUUCUGGCGCCCGGGGAAGAACGGCAACCCGUGACUGCAAAGACGCUGCAGGAGCCGCUAGUGUUCAAUGAUUGCAUUAGGCUCCUCCAGAAACGUAUCGAAGCGUCUGAGCUGUUGGAUGAGCAAGCUCCCUUUCUGUGCCUGCCGUCCAAGUUUGGCGACGGAUUUUGGGACCAACUCGCCGCUUACGGGGAUAUUGAGCAGCUUGAGCAGUUCACCGAAAAGCGGGUCACCCGAAAGAAAGUCAUCCAAAAGCGGGUCGCCCGAACGACCGCAGCCCACAGUGUGUAUAGCGCAGAUUUUAGCGAAGAGAUUAUCUCUUGGAGCGACAUCAUGAAGGAAUGCGGAUUCCCCGAUAACAACCAAUUUAAGGAGAAUAUGUUCAUGGAUGAUUCCCCUUUACAGCUGGGAAAAGCACGAGUGGUACUUGCUGACCUAUAGCGGAGGUGCCAUCGCUGCAUGGGAUCCGCAUGGUCGCUUCCCGUCUCCGUCUAAGAAAA